AUGCUUAGUGGAAUUAAAUUAGCCGACGGCUAUACUAGGACGACCGGAGACACCAUGCUUGGUCUCGUCAAUGCCUUCUCCCCGGACGAUAAUCUAGCCCGGGACACUGAAUACCAUCGACAAGUAUGGAUCGCUGGUGCAUGUGCUCCAUCUGGAACUGAUGGCGCUGAUGCGGAACUGAUGCUGCUCCACCGACCAAGGAACAAGUUGGACUCAUCAUUCGAGAGCUGCCGAAUACUGUACCCGGCAUUGACGGAAUCACGGCUAAGAUUGUUAGACAGCGAGAGUAUGCUGAGAUGCACCUUAUUUACGGAGAAGCUGGCCAAAGUUCCCGAGCUGCUGCCACCCUCUACAGGGAAAGGUUUCCCGAUAGGAGACAUCCACACCAUGAAAUGUUUACCAGAGUGCAUAACUCCUACAUGA